CGUUCGUAAAUUCAGAGCGUUGUCAGAUUGUCUGUUUGGUGAUGUAGUCCGCCAUAAAACCCACAGAAGAAGAAUAAUUAUUGUCUCUUUGUAAAUUCGGAGCGUUCACAGAGCACAGUAGACGCUCUGGCCGAAGAGAAUGGCUGAAAACCCUAGCUACAUACGGAUAAGGUUUUCGAGAGCUAGUAAACAGCUUAGUUAGCUAACGUUAACUCUAAUUUAUGACAGCUUGCUUGCUAGCUAGCUUCAAGCUUGUUAUGGCGUUAGCUAGCUAGAUAGCUAACAUUAUCUGAAAAAUAGCUAUCUAAAUGUUAACAAGUUAAACAACUUUGUAACAAUGAAUUAUAUGAGUUUGAACUAGUUCUGUGUGUUCUGCAUCUAUCGUCCAAAUGGGAAAGAUCAGCCACCCUGGUAGUUGCUAGGAUGGAACAAGUUGAGGACUGUGAAGUUUUGGAUGCUCUGACAUUGCUGGAUCCUUUAUUAUAGUCUUCAUGAUGAGACCAGUCUGCUCUCCUAGACAUUGACACGUGCUGUCCCAGGCCUGAUGUGCCCAUGACGCCCUUCUUUCAGCGCAUGCUUCAGAAGCUGAGGCUAUAAAGGGACUAGAGGACUAGACUACAGCCUUAGUCCUGUUCCUGGACCUCUCCUCUUCAACCCUUCACCAGUCCUCCCUGUUCCCUGCCAUAUCCCCUCACACUCCACUGCAUCACAGCCCUGUCCUCACCUGCUGCCAACAUGGGCUGGUUCCUCCUCCCCUUUGAUAACCUGCUGUGUAUGGUCCUUGGCAUAUCCUUCACUGUGGGAUUCAGCUCGCUGCUAGUCAUGGUCGUGCCGGCCAUCCUUGGAGUGUCCAUUGGGAUCCGCAGACUGUACAUGAAGAGCCUUCUCAAGGUCUUUGAGUGGGCUACUGUGCGGAUGGAGAGAGGCGCAAAGGAGAAGAAUCAACAUCUUUAUAAACCCUAUAGCAAUGGUAUCAUAGCUAAAGAGCUGUCUUCUCUGGAGCAGGAGAUCCAGGAGCUCCGUGCCAACGGCACCACUCUGAGCUCUGAGCCUGAGUUUGAGAUGGCGGACAUCAUGUAUUUCUGCCGGCGGGGGGUGGAGAGCAUCGUGGAUGAUGAGGUGACCAAGCGCUUCUCUGCUCAGGAGCUGGAGUCCUGGAACCUGCUGACACGCAGCAACUACAACUUCCGCCACAUCAGCCUGCGGCUCAGCGUGCUCUGGGGACUGGGUCUCUUCAUCCGCUAUGGCUUCCUGCUGCCACUCAGGGUUACUCUGGCAGCGUCUGGUAUUGGUCUGCUUGUGGUCUUGACUACCAUAGUGGGCUUCUUACCAAGUGGCUGGUUAAGGACGUACCUCAGUGAGAAGAUUCAUCUGAUGUCUUAUCGCAUCUGUGUCCGAUCCCUCACUGCCAUCAUCACCUACCACAACAGUGAGAACAAACCAAAGAAUGGAGGCAUCUGUGUGGCCAAUCACACAACUCCCAUUGACGUCAUCAUCCUGGCCAAUGAUGGCUGCUAUUCUAUGGUUGGCCAGAUCCAUGGUGGUCUGAUCGGGGUAGUCCAGAGAGCGAUGGUGAAAUCCAGCCCCCACAUCUGGUUUGAGAGAUCUGAAGUCAAAGACCGUCACCUUGUGGCCAAAAGGCUUAGCAAUCAUGUAGCAGACAAAACUAAACACCCCAUCCUCAUCUUCCCAGAGGGCACCUGCAUCAACAAUACCUCAGUGAUGAUGUUCAAAAAGGGCAGCUUUGAGAUAGGCUGCACUGUCUACCCUGUGGCCAUUAAGUAUGACCCUAGGUUUGGCGAUGCGUUCUGGAACAGCAGUAAGUUUGGGAUGGUCAACUACCUGCUGAGGAUGAUGAGCAGCUGGGCCAUUGUCUGCAGCGUCUGGUACCUGCCACCUAUGAGCAGAGAGGAGGGAGAGGACGCGGUGCAGUUUGCCAACAGAGUAAAAGCAGCCAUCGCCACGCAGGGAGGACUGGUGGACCUGCUCUGGGAUGGAGGGCUGAAGCGAGGGAAGGUGAAAAACACUUUCAAAGAGGAGCAGCAGAAGCUGUACAGCAAGGUGCUGGUUGGAGACCAGGAGGACCAAGGUGAAGACAGACCACAGGAAGCUGAAGAAGAAGAAGAAGAAGAAGAAGAAGAAGAAGAAGAAGAAGAGGCGGACCAAAAUGAAGACAUACCACUGGAAGACUACACACCCAGACCACUGGAAGACUACACACCCAGACCACUGGAAGACUACACACCCAGACCACUGGAAGACUACACACUCAGACUACUAGAAGACUUCUCUCUGAGACUACAGGAAGACUGCACACCUAGACCACAGAGAGAGGAAGAGGGGGAGAGAGACCAGGAGGACAAAAGUGAAGACAGACUACUGGAAGACUGCACACUCAGACCACAAGAAGAGAAGGAGGAGGAGAGAGGCUCAGAGACACCAAUGAAGGACCAAUGAGGGUGGGGGUUCCAUUCCUACCAGGUUAUUAAGUGUCAGUGGAGCCCCACUCACUGUCUUGGUGAGGCACUAGACCAGAGGACUUAUUGGACUGGAAGCCUUAAAGUCAUUUCAAUAACAAUGAACUACUCUGAGACCAUGUAGUGCAACUGAAACCGUAUCAAUUUCUACAGGCUGCAAACCACAUACUUUUGAGUUAGUGCUGCACUAUGCACAGUCAUUUUAUGAAUGUUAACUAUUUUAAUACUGUAUUUAAAUAUUUAUCUUUAAUAUUUUAAUAUAUUUUCUUUGUAUUUAUGCUAUUUUGACCAGUAUAUUUGGGUCGUUCCACCAAUAGAGUACCUUUUGGGUAGCGUAAUUAGGUCCCCCAAAACUUUAUCUCACCUAAUUAAACAAAUUAAUCAUAAAGCGUACAUGUUAAACUUAAUAAAAACAUGUUUUCCCAUCUCGAGGUUAAAUUAAGAAAAAUGAAGUGCCAAUUAAAAUAUUUUUCUGUGUUUUAUAUAUAUUUCCACACUGAGGUUGGAAUAAUACUGUGAAAUUGUGAAAAUGCAGAUAA